GAUCAAUCUCCAAUUCUUGAUUCUGCAUUAAUUGUUUUUGUUUCUUCUCUACAAAUUUAAUUACCGACCCAGCAACAAUGCCGGCGUUUUCAUUCUCCGGCAUACCGCCGACGUCGUCGAUCUUCGCGGCGUACGCCUCCGUCUCCUCAUUCAUCAUGCUCCUCCAGACAAUGUUCUACCAACUAGUCCCCCGUCAGCUCCAGCACUACUUGCUCAACAAACUCCACACCUUGUUCAAGCAGCGGCGGCGCCGCUGCACCUCCGCCACCCUGGUCGUCGAAGAAAGGGACGGAAUCUCAAGCAACGAGAUCUACUACGCCGCGGAGAUCUACCUCUGCGCCAAAAUCAAGCCCAACUUCGACCGCCUGAAAGUCACCAAGCGCCACAAGGACGCCGCCGUGAGCAUCGGCUUUGCGCAGUCGGAGAAAAUCACCGAUCGCUUCGAAGACAUCGACGAUCUCGAGUGGAGAUUCGCGAGCAAAUUGAAAAACAACAGCAAUAAUAGCGCCCACAAGGUGUUCGACGAAAGUACAAACGAUGUUUUCGGCGAAAACGCAAAGCGAUACUUCGAGCUCCGAUUCGACAGCAAGCACAAGGAAAAAGUGUUGGAUUGUUACUUACCAUUUGUGAUCCAAAGCGCUAAAAUCAUCACAGAUGAAAAGAAAGUCAUAAGGCUGCACACUUUAUCCAAUGCUCCUUACGGAUCACAUUUCAUGUGGGAUUCGGUCAAUCUCGAACAUCCUUCGACAUUCGAAACCCUAGCGAUGGAGCCGAGUCAGAAGGCGGCCAUUGUCGAAGAUUUGGAUAGGUUUGUUAGAAGGAAAGAGUUCUACAGGAAAGUUGGCAAGGCCUGGAAAAGAGGUUAUUUGCUGUAUGGUCCUCCAGGGACUGGAAAAUCGAGCUUGAUUGCUGCAAUGGCGAAUUACCUCAAGUUCGACGUCUACGAUUUGGAGCUUGCUAGCAUUAAACGCGAUUCCGAUUUGAGAAGAUUGCUUCUCAGGACCGCAAAUCGAUCCAUACUUGUUAUCGAAGACAUCGAUUGCACGGUGGCGUUGCCCGGCCGAAAGGGCCCGACAGACGACCCGAAUAGCCACGCACAUUCUCAGCUUCCCCAAAAUCAGUUCACACUUUCAGGACUGCUAAACUUCAUAGAUGGCCUCUGGUCAAGCUGCGGUGACGAAAGAAUAAUCGUAUUCACAACAAACAACAAAGACAAACUCGACCCUGCUCUGCUCCGCCCCGGCCGCAUGGACAUGCACGUACACAUGUCGUAUCUAACACCCGAAGCCUUCAAGCUAUUGGCCGCCACUUAUCUCACCGUCGAUCUCCACCAAGAUCAACGGCUGUCGGAAAUCGAAAACUUGAUCAAAAUCUUGAAAAUCACGCCUGCUGAAGUUGCGGAGGAACUGAUGAAGAGCGACGAUGUCGAUACUUCACUUGACGGGGUGCUCGAUUUUCUCAAGCGCAAGUACGAAAACUCCCUUAUAGGCGAUGAUGAAGUGGUUGUCGAUGAUUCUGGAGAUGGAGACAAAGGAGAAGAUCAUAAACGUUGUAAGAGUACUAAUGGAGCUAUGAUGAUUUCGACACGGGCAAAAUGUGCUAAAAGGAGAACGAAACGAAGAUUGACGGAGAGUGACAAGAAAAAAAACAACCUUGCAAUAGAGGAUAAAGAAGAUGAAGAUCAGAAAAAAAUGAUUAGAGAAUGUUGAUGUGUUAAUCCAUUCCAAGUAAUUAGUUAACCUAAAAUAGCUACUUAAUUAAUGCGGUUAGAAAUUUUAUGAGGCGAGGUUGUCUAUGAUUAUGGAGAUGGGUGACGAUUAGAAAAUGAUUAGAGAGUGUUAAUGUGUAUCUAUUCCGAGUAAUUACACCUAAAAUAUAUAGCUAUUUUGUUGAUU